AUGAAGUACAUUCAAACUGAUCAAGUCUUAGAUAUUCCAGAAGGUGUCGUCGUCAACAUCAAAUCCAGAAACAUUAAAGUUACUGGUCCAAGAGGUACUUUGACCAAGAACUUAAAACAUGUUGAUGUUACUUUCACUAAGAUUAGCAACCAGCAAAUCAGAAUUACUGUCCACAAUGGUGACAGAAAGCAUGUUGCUGCUUUGAGAACCGUUAAGUCUUUGAUUUCCAACAUGAUUACUGGUGUUACCAAGGGUUACAAAUACAAGAUGAGAUAUGUUUAUGCGCAUUUCCCAAUCAACGUUAACGUUAUUGAAAAAGAUGGUGCUAAAUUCGUUGAAAUCAGAAACUACUUGGGUGACAAGAAGGUCAGAUUGGUUCCAGUCAGAGAAGGUGUUACUAUUGAGUUCUCCACUGUCCAAAAGGAUGAAAUGAUCUUGACUGGUAACUCUGUUGAGAAUGUUUCUCAAAACGCUGCUGAUAUUCAGCAAGUCUGUAGGGCCAGAAAUAAGGAUAUCCGUAAAUUUUUGGAUGGUAUUUAUGUUUCCGAAAAGGGUGUUGUUGUUGAAGAAGAAUAA